AUGGCCGCCCAGCAAGACCAAGUCAAUCCCGCCACCGCAACUGCGGCCAUCUCGCCGCCGAUUUACAUCUCGACACCAACUCUCCGAUCCAUCAUCACCCACAGAGCCCUCAUCGAUCACCUCAAACGCACCCUUCCAACCAAUUCCACCGCCAUCCAAUCCCCUCUACGCCACGCCCACCAAACCAGCCCUGCCUCUUCUCUCCUCCUCAUGCCCUCUUGGUCAAAUUCCCCUUCUCUUCCUUACAUUGGGGUCAAGCUUGUCACUUUCAAUUCCAACAACUCCACCCUCAAUUUACCCGGAGUUCAUGCAAGUUAUGUUCUCUUCAAUUCCCUAACAGGCCAAACCUUGGCUUCCAUGGACGCCACUGAACUUACCCUUUAUCGUACCUCCUGUAUUUCUGCUUUGGCUUCAGAGUAUUUAUCCAGAAAAGACUCCCAGACUUUGCUGAUGAUCGGUGCCGGUGCAAUGGCACCCCAUUUGAUCAGAGCACAUGUCACUGUUAGGCCAAGCCUUAAGAGAGUAAUAGUUUGGAACCGAAGUGUUGAAAAGGCGAAAGCCUUGGUUGAUAAUCUUCGUAAAGAAGGUGGCUUUGAUGAAGGGUUAAGUUUCGAAGAGUGUAACGGGUCUUUGGAGGAGUUUGUGAGGGUAGCGGAUAUUGUAAGCUGUGCUACGUGUUCAGAGACGCCAUUGGUGAAAGGACAGGACCUUAAAAAUGGAGCCCACUUGGAUCUGGUGGGUUCAUUUACGCACUCAAUGAGGGAAUGCGAUGAUGAGGCCAUCAGGAGAAGUAGAGUGUUCAUUGAUAAUGAGGCUGCGACCGUGGAGGCAGGCGAAUUGGUGGGUGCUUUGGAGAGGGGAGUGAUUAGCAGGGAUGAUAUUGUGGGUGACCUGGUGGAAUUGAUCAAGAGAGAGAAGGUUGUAGGGAGGAGAGAUGAGGAGGAGAUUACGGUGUUCAAAUCAGUUGGUUCUGCUGUUGUGGACCUUAUCAGUGCACAGAUGGUGUACGAAACCUAUAUGAAUGAUCACUGA